AUGGCAAAAAUUAUAGAUAAUUAUAUACUAAUUGAAGCAAUUGGAUAAGGAACCUAUGGUGAAAUACACAAAGGUCGGAAUUUAAUUUCAAAAGAAGCAGUUGCUGUCAAAACUAUUAAAUUAGAUAGAUUCUUAAAUGAUUCUCUCUUAAAAGAAAUGAUCAUAAAUGAAAUUUAGGCUUUAAAAAAAUUGGAAGAUCAGCACAUAGUAAGAAUGAUCAAGAUGCUAAAAUCUUCAAACAAUAUCUAUUUAGUCUAUGAACAUUUAAACGGAGGGUCGUUGGCCAAUUAUUUAUAGGAAAAAGGUCGGUUAAGCGAAUAUGAAGGCAGAUAAAUUAUCACUAAUAUAUUUAAGUAAAUAUAAUUAACAUCAUGUAGAGGGUUUAAAACUUUAAACCAUGAAAAAAUCAUUCACAGAAAUAUCAACCCUGAAAAUUUAUUUUUUAAUGAUGGCAUUAUAAAAAUUAAGAACUUCUUUUGCUGUAAAUCAUCCACAAGUUAAAAGAUAUUCGAUCCAGGUAUCAUAAUAUAUGAAUUGAUUAGAGAAUUACUUAUACGCUGCUCCUGAAAUUUUAUUAAAGACUUAAUAAUAUUAAUAUGAGGAUAAGUGUGAUAUUUUUUCACUAGGAUUAGUGUUUUACAAGAUGUUUUUUGGAACACUUCCAUUUCCUGAAAAUAUUGCAUAAGAACAAUUAAUAGAGCUAUAUCGUUCUUAAGAUUUCAACCCUAUUAUUGAGGAUUUAUCAGAAAAUACAAAUUACAUUUUAAACGGAAUGCUUUAAAUUGAUCAAUAAAAAAGAAUUGAAUGGUAAAAGUUAUUUCAUGAAGAAUAAGUACCGUCAACCUCAGGACUUGUGAAUUCUAUUAAUACAAAUUUUGCAUCUAAUUAUCAAAUAAAUUCAUAAGUUCAAUAGUUUGAGACGGUAGGAUAAUAAAACUUUUACAUUUCUUAAUAAUCUAUACAAAAUUAAAUAACCACAAGUCCGAAUGAGUUGAUCAAGAGAAGAAAUAAUUUAUAAGAUAAAGAAAAUACCAAAGCCAAUAAAGAAAAUGAUAAUAUUUCAUAAUUUACUAAAACCGUAGAAAAAGACUCUAAUAUAUCAUCAUAUCAAGUAUCCAUUUAAUAAUAAUAAUAAUAAUAAUAAAUAUAAUAACAAUAAUAAUAAUAACAAUAAUAAACAAAUUCAAAUGUAUAAAUCAGUAAUCUAAAUGGUUAAUCAAAUGUAAUUAAAUAGAUUUAAACCUAACUAUUUGAACUUCGUUAUAAAUUUAAUAUUCUAAUUUAAGGGAUUAUUAGAAUUGAAUAGCUUGAAAGUUGGUCUGCAAAAAUUAAAACCGAAAUUUGCAUGAUUUUUUUAAUCAAAAAAGGCAUUAAAUAUAUAAAUGAGAUGAUUGAAAUUUGUUAAAACAGUGAUAGAUAAUGGGUAAUGUCUAAAAAUAAAAAUGAUAUAGUUAAAAUUUUGUAAAAAGAUUACGAUGAACUAUUAUUGUAGUUCAGAUUCAUCAAAUAAGCAGUAAAUUGAUAUUUAUAUUUAGACUAAUUCUCAGCACGAAGAAUUAAGCUCUUAUGAAAUUAUUGACGAAUAAUACAUCGAUAAUGUGUUGAUAAUGAUAGCAAAAUAAAUUUCAAUGGAUUUAGGAUAAGUUAAAUCAAGUAUGCGUACUAAUUCUUAAAUAAAGAGCAAUGUAAUAUACAUCUUUAAUAUAGUCUUUUAAUUAUGAAUAAACUAGCUAAAGAAAUGGUAGUUUUAUUGAAUAAAAGCAAAAUAUUGCAAAUUAAUAGAUUUUUGCCAUCUUUUUGAUAGAUUUAGUUAAAGGAUAUAUAUAAGACGAACAACGCCCUUACUUUAAAAAAAUCGAGGAAUCAAAACUCACUGAAAUUUUAGACUUUAAGCUAAAAGCAGUCUGAUUUUAU